AACCCAGCUGUUUGGGCCUUACCCCAGUCUGUUGGAGAAGAUCGAGCAGGAGACGUGGAGAGAGACGGGGAUCUCCUUUGUCACCUCGGUCACACGGCUGAUGGAGCGACUGCUGGACUACAGGGACUGCAUGAAGGGAGACGAGACCGAGAACAAGAAGAUCGGCUGCACUGUUAACCUCCUGAAUUUCUACAAGUCAGAGAUCAACAAGGAGGAGAUGUACAUCCGUUACAUCCACAAACUGUGUGACAUGCACCUGCAGGCUGAGAACUUCACAGAGGCUGCGUUCACUCUGCUGCUGUACUGGGAGCUGCUGCACUGGGACGAGCGGCCCCUCAAAGACUUCCUGCAUUAUCCCGCUCAGACCGAGUGGCACCGUAAGGAGGGGCUCUGCCGUAAAGUCAUCCACUACUUCAACAAGGGGAAGUGUUGGGAGUUUGGUAUCCCUCUCUGCAGGGAGUUGGCCUUCCAGUAUGAGUCUCUGUACGACUACCAGAGUCUGAGCUGGAUCAGGAAAAUGGAGGCUGCGUAUUAUGAUAACAUCAUGGAGCAGCAGCGCCUGGAGCCCGAGUUCUUCCGGGUCGGUUUCUACGGCAGAAAGUUCCCCUUCUUCCUCAGAAACAAAGAGUUUGUCUGUCGCGGCCAUGACUACGAGAGGCUAGAGGCCUUCCAGCAAAGGAUGCUGGGAGAAUUCCCUCAGGCCAUAGCCAUGCAGCACCCCAAUCAGCCGGAUGAAGCCAUCCUUCAGUGUGACGCACAGUACCUGCAGAUCUACGCCGUCACACCUGUACCGGAGAGCGUCACCGUCCUCCAGAUGGACCGGGUCCCCGAUCGCAUCAAGAGCUUCUACAGGGUCAACAACGUCCGUCGUUUCCGUUACGACCGACCCUUCCACAAAGGACCCAAAGACAGAGACAAUGAGUUCAAGAGUCUCUGGAUCGAGAGGACGACUCUGAUCCUCACUCACCCUCUGCCUGGUAUCUCACGCUGGUUUGAGGUGGAGAAGAGGGAACUGCUGGAGGUGAGUCCGUUAGAGAACGCCAUCUCUGUGGUGGAGAAUAAGAACCAGGAGCUGCGCACUCUGAUCAGUCAGUACCAACACAAGCAGCUGCACGGAAACAUCAACCUGCUCAGCAUGACGCUCAACGGAGUCAUCGACGCCGCCGUCAACGGAGGCAUCGCCAGAUACCAAGAGGCUUUCUUUGAUAAGGAGUACAUCACCACCCAUCCUGAAGACACAGAGAAGAUCACACAGCUCAAAGACCUGAUGCAGGAGCAGGUUCACGUCCUGGGAGUCGGCCUGGCCGUGCACGAGAAGCUGGUGCACCCUGAAAUGCGUCCCCUGCACAAGAAGCUGAUCGAUCAGUUCCAGAUGAUGAGGAGCAGCCUGUGCCAUGGUCUGCCUGGUCUGGACAAAGCCGGGUCAGGAGCAAACACACCCAGAGGGAUCCUGGCCUCCCACAGCCCCAUGAGCCCCGAGAGCUUCAAACUGCUGCACCGCCACAGUGAGACAGGAAACGUAGGAAGUCUUCUGAUCCUGGCUGACGGGAUGGUGGUGGAGAACCCCGAGGACUUCUACCGCAUGCAGGCGAGCCCCUCCUCCUCCAGCCUUAGCUCCACCCACUCUGCUCCCUCUCAGAUGAUAAACUCCGCCCCCUCCACCAUCCGAGUCGGCUCUCCGUCUCUGCCGGAUAAAUACAGACACAACCGAGAGAUGCUGAUGCUGCUGCCGCCUCACAGAGACAGACCGAGCAGUGCCAUGUACUCCAACCUCACCGAGAACGGACAGCCAACAAACCUGCAGCGAGCGCUGUUCCAUCAGGUGAUCGGUCCGUGUAAACCCUGCAGUGACCCCAACCUGUCUGUGGCUGAGAAAGUCCUCACCACUCCCAGUAGUUGGAGUUUGGACAGCGGUACCAGAGAAGCCCUCCCCUUCCUCUCCGCCCAUGUUGGCAGUGUCAUGGCGCCUCCUGUCCCCCCACGCAACCUGCCUCACGGGCAACACCUGUCGAUGCACUUUGAUGCUUUCCACCACCAGGUCAGCGACCUCCCUCCAGCUCUCCCUGCGCGCUCCUUAAGAAAGGUACCCUCCUCCUCCUCU